AUGUACCAAUCAAUGACUGUUCCACCAUUUAGACCCUAUGGAGGAGAUGACAUACGAGUUGUGAGUGAUCUCUCACGGUUUGAUUAUCAACCGGAUCAAAAAAUAAGGUCAAGAAACCCCACUCCACCAAGCACAAUCAAUGAUAAUGUUUCCUCCAGCAAAUUAACUUUGGACACUAUAAUCCCCUUAUACUCUUCCAAAAUAGAUGAACGACCCAAAUAUAGUCCACUAAGGCAACAGGAAGAUAGAUCAACUCAAUAUCCAUCACCACCAUUACAAGUAAAAGAAGAACCAACUAUAAAUAUCCCAAAAAGAGAAAAGAAAAGAGUUCGAUAUUCAAUUGGCGUACAAGUUCCUCAAGAUAAUGGUGGCAAUAUCUCAGCAAGCAUUCCAGCUCCACCAUCACCACCACCGCCUAUUCCUCCACCAAAAGAUCUUGUUCCACGACUGAUGCCAUAUCCUCAAGAUAUUAAUAAUGAUAAUAACUUACCUCCCAUGCCACAACCAACCAGUCAAUUAUAUCCUCAACAACAGUUACCGCCAUUACCAUACAAAGAUACUUCAAGUAUAACGUCGCCACAAAAGCGAUUAGAAAAGCAAUUGAUCAAACAAGUUAUGAAUCGUCCUGUGAUUCAAUUCAAAGCCGAUAGAUUUGGACAAAACUAUGAAGGAGAGUAUUUCACAAUCAGUGCCAAUUUUGUUAUUUAUGUGUUUGAAGUUUGUUGUAGUGUUGUUGAAAUUGUGUUAAGUUCAAUAUUAUUACAACAAGAUAACGACAUUGCCGUUGGAUUUUAUCGAUAUUUUUUGGCUGAUGGAAUAAUAUCAUUAGUUGUUUCCCUUUUAUUUGCUUUACAAGUGAUCAAUUACGAAAUACGAAAUGGGAUAUUUUAUUGUUUGGCAAGCACUAUUUGUAAAUUCGUUUCAUUUAUAUUUGUAAUCAGUCACAUAUUCCCCCAUAACACGUAUGGCACUCAUGAAAUAUGGCAAAUGAGACGUGGAGUUGGUGCUAUCAUUAUUAUUUCCACGUUUCUAUGGGUUACAAAUAUGACAAUGUUUGUCACUACACUAUAUAUCUCUAGAUUGGAUUUACUCGAAGAGUUAAAUUUUGAUUAUAGUGACGUAAAUAAAACUAAAUAG